GCCCAUCCUCCAGGGUGAGAUGGGGGACGUGCAGCUUAGGGGGAGAACCAGCCCUUUCCUAUCAUAGGUAGCGACUGCCUGGGCCUGGGCCUGAGGCGAAGAAUAGAGAGUACUGAGGCCAAUUUCGAAGGGCAGCUGGACAGUCUCUUGGCAGAGCCAGAACGACGACGGUCCACACUAGUUGCAUCCAUGCAUCCCGUCUCUCUUGUGCCAGGGUCCAGAUCAUCCAAUGUGUUGACUUUGUGUGACAGGCUCGCGACACGCCAUCUCUUGAGUUGGUCUUGGAUGCUCAUUUGGUGAACAGCAACGAGCAGCUCCAGCAGCAGUAGCGGCAGCGGCAGCGGCAGCAGGAUGGCGCAAUCAUCGGUUGCUGCGCGUUCAGCAUCGGCGUCGGCGGGGGAUCAGACGUCGGCGAGGAAGAAGAAAAGGGUGUCUUUCGCGGCUGGAUCGGCACCUCCAGAUCAUCCGUCGGCUGCGUCUUCGCCCGCAUUCUCAGCCUUGUUCCAGCGGCCCCUGCCGCUCUACUUCUCGGCCGCGCUCCUCCGCGUGGGCCUGCUUCUGUACGGACUGUGGCAGGAUGCCAACUCGCCUCUCAAGUACACCGACAUCGACUACCUCGUCUUCACCGACGCCGCGCGCUUUGUGUCGCGCGGCCAGAGCCCCUAUGAUCGCGAGACGUACCGUUACACGCCCGUGCUGGCCUGGCUCCUACUGCCGACGGCACAUGUUGGUGCGAGUCCGCUGUGGGACGCCGUGUGGUUCAGCUCCGGCAAGGUCCUGUUCGCAGCCGCUGACCUGGUGGCCGGAUGGCUUCUUGAGCGCGUCUUGACGUCCAGCGGCAGCGGUCUCCCGGGCUUGGACCCUGUAGCAGCCCGCAAGUUUGCUGCUAUCUGGUUGCUCAACCCAAUGGUGGCAACCAUUAGCACGCGAGGCAGCUCCGAGGGCCUUUUGGGCGUGCUGGUCAUGGCCCUGUUGUCGGCCGUCAUGGCUCGCCGUGUCACUCUGGCUGGUCUGCUGCUUGGUUUUAGCGUCCACUUCAAGAUCUAUCCUUUUAUUUACGCGCCCGCCAUUGUAUGGUGGAUGGAUGCCGAGAGGAUGGGCAGUGGCGGCGCCGACAAGAAGGGGAGCCCGGCACCGGGCCAGAACAAGUCCAAGUCCUCCCUCAUAAGCCGCGUCACAACCUUUGCUACACCGGCGAGGAUACGUCUUGCCGCCGUCAGUUUAUCAACUUUUGUUUGCUUGAACGCUGCUAUGUAUAUAUGCUAUGGUCCCCCCUUCCUAACACACACAUUCCUUCAUCACGUCACGCGCAUCGACCACAGACACAACUUCAGUCCUUAUAACACUCAACUUUACCUUGCUUCUGCCUUCCCGGACCUUUCGGCUCUGCGCAUCGAGUCUGUGGCCUUCUUGCCGCAGCUUGUUCUCUCUUGUUUUUUGAUACCUAUCGUCUUGGCCAAAAAAGACCUGCCAGCGGCGAUGCUGGCGCAGACAUUUGCCUUUGUCACCUUUAACAAAGUGUGCACUAGUCAAUAUUUUCUCUGGUACAUGGUCUUGUUACCUCUCUACCUUCCACGUUCAUCAUUUCUCAAGGACGGUAAAUUGGGAAUAUUCGCCUUGUCAAUGUGGGUUGCGUCCCAAGGUCUGUGGUUGCACCAAGGAUAUGGGCUGGAGUUUUUGGGGCUGAGUACCUUUUUGCCUGGUCUUUGGCUUGCGUCCUUGGGCUUUUUUCUAGUAAACUGUUGGAUCCUGGGUAUCAUCAUCGCCGAUGUAUUGCUGUGAGGGGCCUGCUUAAGCCGUUUCAUAAACACAGCUAUGUUGCGUUGUAUUUGUUGUAUAUAUCUGAAAAAACACCUGAUAGAAGGGCCUAGUUAGUACUCACGACUACGCUUUAGUAUUUGAGAGAUUACGACUGAAUGAGAGUCGACACUU